AUGUCCUGCGCCUACUACAGCGAACAACGGCGUCGCUGCCACGAUGUCUAUGGAAAAUUUGGUGAAGACUGUCUAGCCGAAGAGUUGCAAGAAAAGCGAUGCCUAUCCCUCCGACACUGUCGCGCGGAUGCCAACAAGUAUUAUGGAUCCCGCGUGGAAGGACUACCCAAGGCUCUCUGCUCGUCCUGGGCCGAAUCCUUUGCCUUUGUAAAUAAUAGCAAUGGUGAUUUGAGGGAGAUGAGUCUCGGUAAGGAGUUCGUAGAGCACCACGCCAACGCACGGCGAUACGUCAACGAACGACCAAGUGUCAAAAAAGAGUGCCAGACAAUUGCUCGAGACUUGGCACGGUGUCUGCAAAAAGCGAACAUGACGAGAAGAUAA